UCUGAUUAUUGCCUCCUGCAACUCUACCCCAAAAGAACGGCUUACAUUUCCGAUUCUCCAUUUGAAUCCUCAUAUGAACGAACGUCAACUCAACGAGAUCAUCUCAAUGGAUCUGGAGGUACUCAUUAACCUCAGUGCGGUAAAAAGCCAGACCUCAGAUCUGACCGAACGUAUCGCCACUUCUCGACAUAAUUCCACUACGCAGAUCUGUACAGAAGAAUUCUUUUGUCCGAAAUCUUUCCUCGGAGUCAUCAAUGAAGAUUGGAACCCAGAAGACAUUUUUUUGUGUGGUUUUCUAGAUGAUCAACGGAUUCCCGUCGACGAUCCAAGGGAGAAAUGUCCUUUUUUCGACGUCACACACAAAACCAAACCUCAACCUUUCACCACCGGAACUAGGUAACAUACUGCAGCUCUCACCGUCCUCUAUCAACACCAGCCGGGCAUUGAUAGAGCUGGACAUGGACUCAUUGAUUGAUGUAGAAGUUUGGUCGUGGAUCUUCAGAGAGACUGGACAAAACAUAUCGGUUCUCAAGAUUCUCAGCGGUCUUUGCGUAGAUGAUAUAUGUCUUGAAGUCGUUGCGGCUCUCAGUGUAGGAAGUCAAGUGCGCGAUGUUGAAGGAUCAGCGGACGCUCCCUCUACCGUACCUGACAAGUCACCUGGAAGUGCCUUGUCUAGUUCGGAGCCUGAUACUACAACCACAAUCUCUACCGCAGAUUCCACGGUAGUUUCAACAGGUAGAGAGGAGGAUGCAAACGAGAAACAUCGACAGUCCCAUAAGCUAGAGCCAAUCUCGAAUCGGCAAUGA